AGAGAGAGAGAGAGGCGCUGCUCCAAGAGGAUUAACUAUCACCUCCGAAACUUCCUGGGAGGAAAAUAGGACGAAGAAGAAUAGGAAGAGCACAAUCCUUCUUAAUCCAGAUCCAAUCUUGUGCCGGCUGUUUAGAGUUGAAUGAGUGGCGAUGUGCAGCAAAGCGCUUCUAGUCCUGCUGGUUUAUGGGAUAAUCAUGCACUGCAGCGUCUACUGCUCACCUGCGGCUGGACUCCAGUACCCGGCGCUGAGCAGGCUGGAAGAUGAAGUGUACGACGAGGAUGGCAACAGCCUCUCGGACUACGCCUUCGACAGCGAGCCCCUGGCCAUCGCCGACCCUUCCUCCAUGUUGGACGACGUCUACACUUUGUACUACCCACCGGAAAAGAGGCACGCAGAUGGGAUCUUUAAUAAAGCCUACAGGAAAGUGCUGGGCCAGUUAUCGGCAAGGAAGUAUCUGCAUUCUCUGAUGGCAAAGCGGGUGGGCGGGGCUAGCGGCCUAGAGGACGACCCGGAACCGCUUUCCAAAAGGCAUUCGGACGGCAUAUUCACAGACAGCUACAGCCGCUACCGAAAACAAAUGGCUGUCAAGAAAUACUUGGCAGCAGUCCUGGGGAAAAGGGUCGAAGAAAUUACUAUUCUCCAUUUGCUACUGUACAUAGACAAAGAUGCCCUGCUUGAAGGGGAUUAUGAUGCUAUUGAGUUGGGAGAAUUGCUGACGCAGUUCCUUGCCCCGGUGAGUCUCCUGUCAGGCCCGUUUGACACGCCCCUCUUCCUUCGCCCCCUCCCCUCUACCCCCCCCCCCCCCACCCCCUUGCUAGAGACGGCAUUUCCCUGCUUUCUUUGAUUGCCCUUUUCUUUGUAUCUGUGUCUCUGCUCUGGUACUAAGUGAAGAAGGGGACCCCCCACCCCCACCCCUAGCUCGCCUAGAGCGCCUUACUCCCCCUUGGGAGGCCCUUUGGCCAUCUUGUCCUCAUAGGCUCAACCAGCGUGGCCAAAGAGCGAGUUUUCCCCUACC